AUGGCGAACCCGACUUCAAACUGCCCGUACUUCUUCGACGUCCUCUCUUCAAUGGACGGCCUCGCUCUUUCUACUUCAGAGGGAUCCCUCGUCGAUGAAAGACGAAACCCGCGCGAAGCCGAUGUCGAGUCCGAAUCGUCAGGAGCAGCAGUACCGACCCGACCUCGCCCACAAGUCGUGAGGAAGCGUCGAGCUCGUGCCAUGACGCUCGUCGACCGGGAUAGGCCGAGAAAGAGAAAGAGGACGUAUGAUGGUCAUGACCACCAGACUCAGUCGACAUCGCAUCAGCAAGAUCUUCAUCAGCAUCAGCACCGCCCUCUCAUGGUUCCUAGGCGCGGGACAGGUCCCGCCGAAGCUGUGCGCGCCCUCGACCGUGGGUUCGAUGGCUCUCAUGACGCCCACGCCCAAUAUUCGGAUGAUGAACGUGACAAGGAGGACUAUCAUGGAGAAGCUGAUGAUGAGGGCGAAGAACAAGAGCGAAUCUGUCCUGAUGGGCGGAUACAACGUCGGGUCUAUAGCGAAGAAGACGAGCCGAAUGUACCGACUGCAAACCGUUCGAUCCAGACUGGCUGGCGAGUACCUCUUUGGAGAAGACGAGCGGCUUCUGCUGGCAGAGUUCUUACUGGUUGGCCGCGAUGCCAAAAUGAUUCGUUGCGCCGACCCCGGCUUCGGAAUCUUGAAGCUCAGACCCUCGUUGCCUCUUCCCCUGCUAUCCCUCUACCUGCGACAACUUUACAAUUGGGAUUCUCGCGGACCAACGGAAUGACCGACAUACCAGCUGCAUUCUACGCUGGGACCGGGAUCCCUACCCUUCUCCGUCUGAGUGUCGAUUGGAACUCUACCAUCCCUUACGAUCUUCGACCUCAACUACACCUGACCUUGACGGGUACUUUACGCCUCGCAUACGGCGAGAGACACAUCAUCCAAGUCUCUGUCUCUUUGGCGGACGGGUUAUCCCUCUGGUCUCAGGACGCGAUUUCGACGCUUCGCGCCUGUCCCUCUCCAUUGCUGCCUGGUCAGGCCGAUCCUCAGAAAUGUCUUCCCGGCGGAUCAUACAACCUUCCGUUGACGGUGCAGAUACCGGUCAACCGGUUACCUCCCUCUUUCGAAACCCCGGAUGGGCGUUUCUCAAUCAGCUACCGUUUCACGGCAACUCUCUCCAUCGAGAAUCCCAGGAAGCGCCAUGAAAGGAUGCUUUUGGGUCUCUCUCAUGCUCCGUUCACCCUGCUACCUACUACCCUACCGGACAACCCUUUGACACUGCACCGGGUUUCGACUCUUGAGUGGCAUCGCUGCGGCUUGGAAUGGGAGGGGAAAGUCCUGACGGAUUGCUCGGAUGUGCGAGAGGAAUGGGCCUUUGAGCCUACUCUCCCUUGCACCACCUUCUCCCCAACUCAAGUGGUUCCCAUCGAGCUCUUGCUGACUCCGGUUCGAGUCGAAUCCGCCAAGGCGAGGAUGUUUAUCAGGGUCGGGAUUAAACGAUAUCAACACGUCACCCUGCAAGACAGUGACCCCAAGGACCCCGUUAACGAACUUCAUGAAAACCUCGUUAGCGGCGCUCGCAUAGGUAUCUUUGAGAUCUCUGGACAAGAACCUACCAGGAUCUCUGGUACAUGCCUUCCCUUGGCCGUCGAUGGCAACUGGCCAUUUGGUUACUCGACCUAUUCAGGCGAAGUGCCUCAGCCAGGACCAUUCAGGUCUGUCGCGGCGGGCAACCAAUUCUACGUCUUUGUACAGAUCGGUCGUUUGCCGGAUGCGGGUCCUCUCGCGGAACCUCUUCCGGUAGACCUGCCACUAAACCGUCUGUUGCCCUUGGAUGCGGCGCGCUUCAGGGAUCUCAACCGACAUGCCACACAACUUUCACACUGCAUGCUACCCAUCACCAUCGGUAGCGUUUCCGAACCACUAGGUGCCAUGCACUAUAUUCCGUGGUCGGAUCUUAGCUUGAGCGAGGGCCCGAGGCUGAUCGAGGGAGGAGCGUUCUCAGCGGAGAAUGGGUGGCUGGUCCCGCCACCCCCGUAUCUGGCACAACCGCCAUACAUCCCACAACCGAACCAGCUCGUCGUAACUACCCUAGCUGAGACGACGAGGCACGAUGACAUGAAGUCCGAAGAGGGACAGGAAGAGGCAGAGGCAGAGGACGAGGACGGGGACGAGGAUCAGGGUCAGGAAGAGGGGGAGGAUCUCGAUCGGCUUGAGGAGGCCGAGAUCCAAAACGCACAUCUUUCCUGCCAUUUAUGA